CGGAGUUUAAACCCAAGCCUUGGCCCCGAGCGCUGGGCUCCGGGAGCUGAGUGGUGGUCCCACCACCCUGAAAAAGCGUGAUGGAGUACCCAGUGAUGGAAACUGGUUCACUUUUUACCUCAGGAAUUAAAAGACAUGUGAAAGAGAAAAGAAUUUCAAAGGCUGCUAAGUUGAAUGUUUCUCUUGCUUCAAAAAUCAAAACAAAAAUAAUAAACAAUUCUUCUAUUUUCAAAAUUUCUUUAAAGCACAACAACAGGGCAUUAGCUCAGGCUCUUAGCAGAGAGAAAGAGAAUUCUCGAAGAAUUACAACUGAAAAGAUGCUACUGCAAAAAGAAGUGGAGAAACUGAAUUUUGAGAACACAUUUCUUCGUCUGAAGCUAAAUAAUUUGAAUAAGAAGCUUAUAGAAAUAGAAGCACUCAUGAACAAUAACUUGAUAACUGCAAUUGAAAUGAGCACUCUUUCUGAGUUCCAUCAGAGUCCCUUUCUUCUGCCAAGUAGCAAGAAGAAACGGGUUAGUAAACAGUGCAAAUUGAUGCGUCUUCCAUUUGCAAGGGUUCCAUUAACUUCAAAUGAUGAUGAUGAUGAAGAUAAAGAGAAAAUGCAGUGUGACAAUAUCAUGUCAAAGACUUCACCUGAUAGCCCCUCUUUGGUAUCAACUCAGCAUAACUUGGAAUUGUUAUUUCUUAAAGAAAAUGAUCAGAAUGUUUGUGGUGUAAAUGAUUCAAAACACAUUUCUUCUAUUGUUGAUAUACUUCCCAAAGAAAGCCAUUCCCACUCAGACCAAAGUUCCAGGAGUUCUCUAAUGAGUGAGAUGAAAAAUGCCCAGUCGAUGAGCCACAGAAAGAAGUCAUCUCCUAGUAACGUGACUAAAAGGAAAAAACGUGUAUCAUCUUGGGAAUCAAAUAAUCCUGCAGACACUCCCUGUGUAACAGAUAUGGAUCAAGAACAGAUUUCAAGUCCAAUAUUAAAUUGGAAUAAUGAAAUAAAAGAUUGUACUAACGAAGCAAAUAUUAAAAUGCAAAGAAACAUAAUGUGCCUUCCUGCCUCGUCUGAGUCUGCAAGUGAACCUACUGCAGAGGGCAUGAAUCCAGUUCAGGGUAAUGGUGACUUUCAAUUGCAAAAAACUGUGUAUGAUGAUGACAUGGAUUUAACUGCUAGUGAAGUAAGCAAAAUUGUUACAGUUUCAACAGGCACUAAAAAUAAAAGAGAUAAUAAAAAACCAAAUGAUUGUGGAAUGACAACUUUCAGAAAAGUGAAAGAUCCAAGCUCUGAAAAAAAGAGAGAAAGAUCAAAGAGACAAUUUAAAAAUAGUUCAGAUGUGAAUAUUGAGGAAAAGAUCAAAAAUGGACUGGAAAGAAGAUCUGUUGUCCUGGAUGGCAAAGGGGAUUCAGAAGAACCAAAUUUUAUUUUCAGUACUGAACAGCUGACUCAGUUGAACAUGCUGAAGAAAAUAACCCUUCAUAAUGGCUUUGAUCAGGAUGACAGACAAAGUACACAGUAUAACAAAAAGAAGAAAAGAAUUCAUGUAACAGAUGAUCAAGAGGAAACAUACUCUUUCUCCCAAAGUUCAGAUAAAUUCCAGCAGGACAGUAAAUUUGAUAUGGGUCCUAGUUCUCUAGCUUAUAAGAAAAGUAAAACUUCUAGACAGACAUUUGUGAUUCAUACGUUAGAAAAAGAUAACUUAUUCCCAAACCAAAAGGUUAAAGAAACCACCUCUGAAAACCUAGGAGUCACAAGUGAAUUUCAAACAGCUUAUCUUUCCAACAAAGAUAAUGGAAAGUUAUGUGAUUAUGAGACCCAAAAUAUGUUAGAUUUGAAAAAGCAUGUCACUGAUAUGCAACCCACUCAGCAAAAUGAAUCAAAAAUAAAUAAGAAGCUUAGGCAGAAAAUAAAUCGGAAGACAGAAAUAAUUUCUGAAAUGAACCAAAUACUUGGGGAUAAUGCCAAAGAUGUGCAAGGCCCAGGAAAAGGUAACUUUUCCUUCCAAACCCGAGAGGAUAAAGAAAUCUCUGGAAACCUAGAAGUUUCAAAUGACUUUCAAAAAUCUGGUCUUUCCACUAGCAAUAAUGGAAACCUGUGUGAUUGUGAGACCCAGAAUGUAUUGGGUCUGCAAAAGCAGAUCACCGACGUGUACCCUGUUCAGCAAAAUGAAUCAAAAAUUAAUAAGAAUCUUAGGCAGAAAGUAAAUCGGAAGACAGAAAUAAUUUCCGAAGUGAAUCUUUUAGCUAAUAACAAAAGUGGGUAUUGCCCAGAAAAGGGUAACUCUUUCUUUCUAACCCAGGAUAAAGAAAUUAUCUCUGAAAACCUAGAAGGCACAAGUGAGUUUCAAACACCUGCUCUUGCUUCCAAAGAUAGUAGAAACCUACAUGAUUAUGACACUCAAAAUGUUUUGGGGGUGAAAAAGCAUGUUUAUGAUAUACAACCUGCUUGUCAAAAUGCAUCAAAAAUAGAUAAGCUUAGGCAAAAGGUAUGUCGGAAGACAGAAAUCAUUUCUGAAAUCAACCAAAUAUAUAAGAAUGAUGACAAAGGAAUGCAUGACCCAGAAAAAGGUGCCUUCUUUUCCCUAACCCCAAAGGAUAAAGAAACCAUUUCUGAAAACCCAGAAGUCACAAAUGAAUUUCAAACGAUUUAUCUUCCCACCAAAAAUAAUGGAAAUUUAUAUACCCAGAAUGUGUUGGAUUUGAAAAAGCAUGUCACUGAUAAGCAACCUGCUCAGCAGAAUGAAUCAAAAAUAAAUAAGAAGCUUAGGCAGAAAGUAAAUCGGAAGACGGAAAUAAUUUCUGAAAUGUACCAGAUAUAUGAGGAUAAUGAUAAAGAUGUGCAUGGCCAAGAAAGCUAUACAAAAGAUCUUAAUUUUAAAAUAAAUAAAUCUAAACAAAGACUUGAAGGCCAAGGUAUUAUCAGUGGAUACUGUAUGGAAAUCAACAGUAAUGAAAAAGAAAAUUGUCAAAUUUCAAAUCCUUAUAAACCAGUUAAAAAGCAUGGGAAAGAAUCAUCAGGCAAGGCAAAGAACAUUUUGGCAAAAGGUAACAACAAACCUGUUUUGCACUUAACAGGUUCUUCACAGACGUCUGUCUCCUUAGAACCAGGUUUAAAACACACUACUGAUGAGACAGAUUCUGACCCUGGAAACCAAAUGGAACUACAUAAGAAUCCAAAGCAAAGCACUACAACUCUGAAUAAAAAGAGAGAUAUCCCCUUCGAGGAAGUGACAAAGGAAGGAGAGUGCCAGGUCAAAAAAAUAAAUAAAAUGACAUCCAAAUCAAAGAAAAGGAAGACCUUCGUAGAUCCUUCUCCAGAUAGUCAUGAACUAAUGGAGAUAAUAUCUGACACCGUUCAGGGAAUAUCAGUUGAAUCUGAAUAUGCUGUUAAGGAAAAAAAUUUGGAAAAUGAGGAAAUUGUCAAAAUUAAGCCAGACUUUUACACAAAAAUGUUGAAAUCUUUAUCUCAGAUAUAUUCACCUAACAGUGUUCCUGAGGGUUCAAAACCUUUGAGUAUUUCUUCUAGUAAAAAUCUGAAAGAAAAUUUUGCUCUGGAGAGCUCACCCAUCUUUCAAAUAAGUGAUGAUGUACAUGAGAAGAUGAAAAAGAUGAAAUUUAAAGUCAACCAAAGAACACAAAGAUCAGAAAUAGGUGUUAGAAUGCUACAGGACUUGACAAAUACCAGUUUUGUUUCAAAUAACACUGCUAAAUCUGAAAACAAGUUAGAAGAUCUAUCUUCGGAGCUGUCAAGCCGAAGAAGAAGGUGUACUCCUCUCUCUUUAAAAGAGCCAAGUCUCAAAGGGAAGAUGAGAAGAUGAGUGAAUUUAUACAUUCUGGCUUUUCUGAAUUCUCAAACCA